AUUGAAAUUAAGAGAGCACUGUGUAACUGUGUUAGGAAGCACAUGAUACCUCCGACCCGAUCUAUUUGCCCGCCAUGACGUCUCCAUGAGCGGGUUCUCCUCUCCGCACUAUCUUAUCGCAACCGCAAUAAAAACUUCAAACACCAACACUUUCCUCCCUUCCACCACCUUUACUUUGACCUCCACCUCGACUCAUCACCAACAAUCCAACCUCGAGCAAACAAGCACAGCACCCCCCCAAAAUGACCACUCCAACCACCGCACACCCAACCACAAUGAAAGCCUGGCUUUACACCAGCACAACACCAACCCUGGAAGCCAACCUAACGCUGCACUCCUCCGCGCGCGCACCCCCAUCCCCGCUCCAACCAUCUCAGGUGCUCAUCCGAGUCCUAACCGCAGCCCUAAACCCAGCAGACUACAAAGUCCCCGCGAUGCCACUCAUCUCCACAGCACUGAUCCGCAAACCAGCGAGCCCCGGGCUCGACUUCGCCGGCGAAGUCAUCUCGACGGGCAGCAGCGCCGACACCAGCACUUUCGCAGCAGGGCAAAUCGUCUACGGCACGCUCGAUCUACCCACGCAGUUCGGCUCGCUGGGCGAGUACCUCAUCGCCCGGGAAACCAACAUCCACCCGGUGCCGGAGGGGGUGAGUAUCGACCACGCGGCGACGGUGGGCGUGGCGGGGAUGACAGCGUGGCAGUCGAUCGCGCCGUUCGUGACGGCCGACGCCGGGGAGCGGGUGUUCAUCAACGCCGGGUCGGGCGGGUGCGGGAUCUUCGCGAUCCAGAUUGCUAAGGCGCUUGGGUGUACCGUGACGACUACCUGCUCGACGAAGAAUGUCGAGUUCUGCAGGGAGUUGGGCGCGGAUGAGGUGAUCGAUUAUACGGCGGAGGAUGUCACGGGGGUCUUGAAGGCGAAGGGUCAGGUGUUUGAUCAUGUUGUCGAUCAUAUUGGCUUGCCGGCUGAGUUGUAUAAUGAGUGUCAUGCUUUCUUGAAACCUGGCAAGGUGUUUGCGCAGGUCGGCGCCACCCGGUUCCCGACGUUCGCGACCCGGUUGCUGCGGCCGGGGUUCCUGGGCGGCGGAAAGCGGAGGUAUUUGCCUAUCUUCUGGAAGCCGAAUAAGGAGGAUUUGGUGAAGGUUGGGGAGUUGAUUCGCGACGGUAAGGUUAAGGUGGUGCUGGAUAGUGUGUUUGAGUAUGAGGAUGCGCCGAAGGCGUUUGAGAAGCUGCGCUCGGAGCGGGCGCGCGGGAAGAUCGUGGUGCAUGUGGCCAGCAGGGCUUGAAAAGUUUGGAUUGUUUUCGCUGGUGCGACGGGACUUCUUUUCUAUGUACAGUAUAAUGAUAUUGUGGGGGUGGGGUCAAUCACCCCCGCACAGAGAAUGCUAAUCUCAUUCCUUCUUGUUCAAGAAGGUCAUCGCG